CAACCCAAGAAACGUCUCACCACGAAGUCUUCGAAAACAAGCGCUUCUGCACCGACGCAGCGUACUUCAGCCGAGUCUCCAGCGCAUUUCAUGGACUGGUUUGAUGAAAAUCGGGCACAAUUAGAAGAGCAGUAUCCUGAACAGUCUGCCGAAGAGCUAUUACGCACUGCCAGGUUGAAAUUCCGCAAGUUUACCUCUGCUUCCAGCACGAAAACUCCUUCUAGUCUGGCUCACUCCGCAUUGUAG